AUGACGCAAAGUCUGGUUAAAGACGGCCGCACAGAAGACGGUUUUGGAGUCCAGUUUGGAGUGAACCAUCUGGGACACUUCCUGCUGACAAACCUGCUCUUGGACAAACUGAAGCAGAGUCCCAGCGCCCGCAUCAUCACUGUGUCCUCUAUGGCCCACCGCUGGGGACACGUGGACUUCCAGGUGAGACCCAGACCCUGA